AUGCCUUUUGAUUUCAAGCAGUUCGACGUCAAAUGCUCAGCCAUGACAGCCGAAGAGCUUCAAAAAGAAUGGGAGCACUAUACGCGACUGAUAUCGGGGGCCGCCACGUCCACUGCGGUCUCGGGCGUUGCCAUGCCCCUUACUCUUGGUGUCAGUGCCAUUGGAAUCGGUUUGGCCGCGCCUGCCAUUCAUAAUGCUCGCAAGAAAAGAGAGAUCAUCGAGAUGCAUCUCAACAGACGCGGCACCAAGCACAGUACGAGGAAGCGCGACGUCCUCACCCCUAUGGCUAUAAGUGGCACGGUCGGCGUGGUAACCCUGGGCGUGGGAUCUAUGGGCGCAGAUGCAAUCACCAACAAAGCCGUUGAGCAUGGCGUGUGUGCAAUAGCGGAGCAGGAGCUGUUAGUCAAGGCUACGACCCAUCUCGCUGUCGAUGCUGCAGCUAUGGCUGGCGAAGAGGCACACAUGAAACAUAAAAAGGCAGCAGAGGCAUACAAGCCUGCCCAAAUGCCAGUCGCGCUCAGCACAUAUGCAGGAAACGCGCCCAGUGUAUCACAAGGGGCACCAAACCUAUGGAAUUCUCUUCCAGCACAACAGAGCACUCCCUUGGAUUCGAAAUCUCCAUACCUCGACCCAAAUCAAAAAGCAACUCCUCAUAUUUCUAUGCCUUCAACCCCGAUCCCGCCACCAUAUAUGCCCGAUCGCCCCGACCUAGAGAUUUAUAAUGCACCAAAGAGCGAUUCCAUCUCCUAUUUUCCACAGCCUCCAACAUCUCAACAACCCGGAAAUCAAUGUUAUUCAACUCCAACAUUCACUCCAGUUGUUCGGCCUUCGUUUCUCAAUGGUGAUUCUACUUCAAUGAACUACACUUCCAGUAUUAGCUCGCAAAUGUCGCAGCUUCACCUUGGGAAUACGAAUUACCCACCACCACCAACGUCACAGUAUUCCGAACAUCAGCUGACGAUGGGCCCCUCGCCCUUCUCACCUUCAGCAAGCCCUUUCUCGGCGAAUUCAAACCUUUCACAGUCCUACCGACCUCCAUUCCAAACAUAUACUCUCUCAUCACCUCAGAGUGCUUGUGGAUCGCAAGCUCCACAAGAUUCCUACACUUCGCCCGCCCCGCAACCCUUCUAUCCCACCCCAGUCCCAACUCCUCAAGCAGAAUCAAAGCAGUACUUUCCCCCACCACCGCAGAGCCCCAACCCGACGCCUCGAACAGACUCAAAACCGCCGUAUCUCGCACAGCCUCCACAAAACUUCUAUCCCACGCCAAUCGCGACCCCUCAAACAGACCUAAAGCAGUAUUUUCCGUCGUCUCCCCAAAGCUUUUAUUCCACGACAGGCCCGACGCCGGCAUCAUCACGUCCAACAGAAUCCAACCCAUAUUUCCCGCCACCCCCCCAGUCAGCGACUUAG